AGGGAACUAAUACGGAAGUGGAAGGACGCUGGUAGCCGGCAUGAGAGUUGUAAAGCUUUGCAUAGGCAUCAAUAUACAGAACAGUCUGUUAACGGGUACCGUUUCCUGAUGAUGGAAGCUACUUGUUGACUCAGAGUUGAUACUAUUAAACGUUUUGUUGGCUUUUCUUCAUUAGUAGAAACUUUUUUUAUCAUGAUUUUUGGAGUUUGGUAGUUAGGCAGCUUUUGUAAACAUGCCACUGUCUGAUACAAUCAGUCUGCUCUUUUGUCUUAUUUCUGUUUUAUCAUUUGGCAAUGGCAACGCCAAGGAUGUUGGGGCUCUGUGUUCCACCUGUAAAAAAAUAACUGAGAAUUUCAACAAGGGAUUUGAAAGAACUACCAAGAAAAAUUUUGGUGGUGGAAAUACAGCAUGGGAAGAAAGGAAGCUCUCUAAGUAUGAGACCAGUGAGAUUCGGCUGGUGGAGAUUCUCGAGGGCUUGUGUGAGAGCAGCAGCUUUGAGUGUAACCACAUGGUAGAAGAAUAUGAGGAGCACUUUGAGACUUGGUGGUUCAAGAGGAAAACAAAGCACCCUGAUCUACACAAAUGGUUUUGUAUCGAAACAAUCAAAGUCUGCUGUCCUAAAGGAACAUUUGGACCAGAUUGUAACUCCUGUGUAGGAGGAUCUGACAGACCUUGCCAUGGAAAUGGUAAAUGUGACGGUGACGGGACAAGGGGAGGAAGCGGCAAGUGCACAUGUGACCUUGGAUAUGAAGGAGAGUUUUGCCUGGACUGUUCUGAGAGGUAUUUCAGUGAGGAAAGAAAUGAUACCUUCUCCUUGUGCAAAGAGUGUCACUCAUCUUGUUCAACCUGCACUGGAGACACUAAUAAGGACUGUAAUGACUGCCGUGAUGGCUGGAAAGAAGAUGAGGAAGAAGCAUGCAUUGACAUUGACGAGUGCUCCAAAGAACCUCCUCCAUGCAAAGACAAGGAAUACUGCCUUAACACAGAAGGCUCGUAUUCCUGCAAUGUGUGUGACAGCAGAUGCUCAGGCUGCAAAGGGCCAGGACCUGGGAACUGCGUUGCCUGUGCUGAAGGCUACAAGGACGAAGAGGGCACCUGCGCAGAUGUGGACGAAUGCGAGCUGCCUGACACUGUGUGUACCGAGGAACACCAGGAGUGCGUCAACACUAACGGCAGCUACAAGUGUCGGUGUGCAGGAGGCUUUGAGGAGCAAGAUGGAGUUUGUGUUCAGCAAGAUCAACCAGAAGUCAGUCAGGAAGAACCUGCUGAGGACACUGAAGACACCAAGACAGAAAAUAUUUUAACAGAACACCAAGACCUGUGAGCUAUUGAUGCAGUUCUCGAGUCAGCCACCAGGGGUCAGUAAUGGCUCUGAACGUGUUUUGAUUAUUAUUUUGACCACCACAUGGUAUUUACUGUACAUACUUGAGAAACUGCACUUACGUACCGGCUAAAAAUGGACAACUCAUUAUUCCGGUAGAAAACAUCAAACCUGUUGUCUCGUUUUUAAAUAAUCUGUUUUUUCUUCCUUAAUUUGUAAAGUAAAAUAAAGUCACACCACCUCA